GCUCCACCACUACUUCCCAAAGCAGACCCGCAGAACUGUACUCACGGUAGCCUCACCUCCUUCUUUCUCCCUGCCAUCGUCCUCAUCUUUCCAGGCGGCCGCAGACUCCCGUCUCGUUGGUGGCUGCUGCGUGUCGGGCCUGCCGCCCUGGACCCUUCCCUCCCCUGGCCCUGAUACGCAAGCACCAUGGCUCCACGCUUCUCCACUUCCCACGCUCGCUCAUCAUCGACUGCGUCGGCCGCGUCCACAGCCUCCUCUUCUGCCUCUCAAGAUGUAGAUCCAGCCUUCCGUGAUGCAGGAAGGACCUCUAGAGAUAGGGAGUCUGCCGGAGAUUCCCGGGAAGCUAUGAGAGCGACUGAAGCAGUGGCAGCAAAGAUUCGCAAUCUUCGCGAUCCCAACGAUCCCAACAAACUGACCCCCCUAAGAGCUCACUACCUCAAGAAGACACUUGUCAGGCUACAAGUCGACAGAGAGGUCAAGGAGCUCAGUCAGAAAGAUGCUCUGUCAACUUUCGGUCCGCCCUUCAAGGCAUCAUCUGCCGCUCGUAAUACCGAUUUGCCUCUGGCUCGUUUCAUCUUUCACCACUUCGUCCUCACCUUUCCCUUUCUGAGCUCAGCGCCGCCCAACUUCUUCUCCGAUAAGGUGCAAGUCUUUCUGGACCGCUUCCUCGAGAAGAACAUCUCGGGCACAGACGAUCGCUCAGAGGAGACAAAGCGCAGGCGUAUCACGUCCAAGCUGGAAAGCACAGUCACUCUACUUAUCGCAUCUGCGAUCAAGAUUGGCGGGGAGGUGGGAGCAGAGGAAAUCGUGAAAGUAUCCGAUGAAGAUAGGGAGAAGAUGAGCGCUGCCCAAGCCAGAUUCAAGGCAGCGUUGGCAGGCAAGCCAUUCAAAUUCGGUGAUGCCACUUUUGAUGUGAACGUGGUCGGCGUCCGCACACGUACAACAAAGGGCAGGCUGCGUAGUCGGGUUCACGAAGAGUUUAUCAUCCGUACCCGGAGAGCAGGACAUCCUGAUGCCUUCGUCAGUCGGCGGUACGGUGAUUUUGAAAGGCUUGCGGAUACUCUGCGAGCUGAAUACCCGGACGAAGACGUCACUCGUCCGCCAACCAAAGAUCGAUCCAAUACCGAAGUAGCUGGUACAGCUCCUACUGAUACUGCAUCGGACCGGUCUAAGUUGUCCACCGCCGGCUCAAUUGGCUCUUUUGAAGACUUGACCAUAUCUCAAGAUCCGCAAGCAUCAUCAAGCGCAACUACGUCCAAUCCUACUCUAGCCACGGGGCCACUUGCGCGUGAAAAGAAUCGUCUGACCCUGCGAGCAUAUAUUCGAGCUCUGCUGGCCAUUCCACCAGUGGCAGACAGUGUCGCUCUAGCAGACUUCCUGCUUGGCGAGCCAACGACACUCACGCCCGCCGAGGAAGCAGAUGCUCGUUCCAGAGAGGCUCUCGAUGCUGUCAGAGCAGAGGAAGGUGCAAGAUUCACCGCCGAGUCGGCCAAGCGGGCUGCACUGCUCAAGGGCCAUCUCAACGCCUUUAAGGAGGAUCUCGUCAAGAGGGACGGUCUGUCGAGAGUGUUUGCCACGAUCAAAUCUACACCUAAAAUGGAACAGCUACCCGAGAGCUAUCGAGCUCUUCUAGGUUGGGCCAGGAUCUCAGCUGCAUCGACCCUCUUCAGCCUCUUCAUGGGCAACGAUAAUUCGUCUGAUCUCUUCGGCCAGCUGAAGCGCAUACAUGGUCUCAUGCCCUACUUUAUGAUGCGACAGAUGUUGCGCAUCUCAAAUCCAGUCUCUAUGAUCAGGGGUGUGAUUGACCUGUUCCUAGCUCAGCCAUUCGGUCAGCGAUCGCUGCUGCAGAGGAUGUUCUCUAGCUCCCUGCAAGAGGAGGCAAGAGAGCUGUCCGAAGUAAUCGCUGCUGUGAGCCAGAAAAUCGCAGACGAGGUACUGUGUGAAAAGAUUCGUCUCUACGUGAAUGCUCCCCUUGAGAUUCAGCAAGUAUUCAAAGACGACGCAGAGGAGGAAGGAGUGGACCUUAUUACCACUAUCUUACGAGCGCCCACGGAGCCUCGCCUAGGCCGGCCGCAGAUCCACCGCGUGAUCAGAGCCAGCCGAUCAUACGAGGUGUACAAGAGCUAUCGCGCUUCUCUCAAGAACCCUGAGCAGGACGAGGGGCCACAAGACGACGAUGCUUGGCUUUACGAAGAUCUUCACGUGCUCUUGAAGCUGCAGACACGGCUGAGGGACAAGGAGCAGAUGCUCUCUCUCAUCUUUGAAGGUGUGACCUCAGAGCUGCUCAAGGACAUUGUGACCAUCUUCUACUCGCCUUUGGCCCAAGUCUACAAGGCGGCCAACAUUGCGGACUCGCUGUACGACUUGCAGGUCUUUGUCAAUGAUCUCAUCAAGACGGUUGAGGCAAACGAGGAAUUGAGCUACACCGAGCCACAGAAGACGGUGCAGGUCUUCAUCGACCUAGUCGCCCGCCACGAGGCCAAAUUCUACGCCUUUGUCCACCAAGUCCAUUCCAAGGGCGCAGGUCUCUUCGAUGGACUGAUGCACUGGAUUGAGCUCUUCCUCAACUUUGUCCGAAGCGGUGAUCCAACUGACUCUUCCGCCCACGAUGGACGAGAACGUGGAGAGGAAGAAGGUGCUGUACAGCGCCAGGGUCUGGGUGCCGUCGAUCUGGAGGUAUGUCUCCCCGCAGGCGGGCAAGACAGACGCACCGCCCUAGCCGAGAUCGACGCCCUAGUGGUGUACGCCUACCGGGUCAAGCUGCUCCGUGAGCUCAAGCUGCAACGCCGCCUUGCCGACAGGGAGGUCAGAGGAGCUGGCGCCUCGGCUGAAGUCGUACCUGAUCCCAGUCGAGCAAGAGAGGAUAAAGAACAGGACGAAAGCGUCUUCUUUGACUCUGUCAUGGACAAUCUAGGUAUCGGUGGGAACUUCACUGGAGAGAUGGAAGACGCGGAAGCCGAAGAUGAGCUGUAUGAAUCUGACUCGGACGAAGAGGAAGAGGGCGAUGGCGAUGGAGAGAGUGGCUCAGGUGCUGCAGAAGGAGAAGGCAGAGGAGACGGUGGCUACAUGGACGCCAAUUACUACUCCAGCAGCGGCGAAUCCGACGUCGAAGAAGAGGAUGUGGGAGAAGAAGAAGAAGAAGGCAGCAAUGCGGAGCGCUUAGGCAAGGAAGCCUUCGGCUCCUCCAGCAUCUGGCGUCCCCCAGUACAGAGGGGCGAUUCAGUCAUGACGAUCACUGGCUCCCUCACUCCACGAGUGGAAAAGGACCUUCCAGCACUGCCCGUCCCACCCAAGAAUGAUGAAGAUGAGGAAGGCCGUGGAAGAGGGAUGCCUAGACGCAAGAAGAAGCAGUCCAAGCCUAAGCCGCCCACGCUCAAGGCCAUUCCGGAGAUGGUGCCCUUGUUCGUCGAGAUGGUACGACCGCUGCUGAGACCGGCCAGGACCGCCUCGGGAACUUCGCAUGCCUCUGCAGCGCCUUCUGCACCUCCACCAGAGGCACAAGAGCCCCCGCCAGCAGCGGCGGGAGGAGCAAGGGGACCGCCGGGAGGAUGGGGGAUCUGGUAGACUUUUGAAGGGGCGGGACUGGAGAUAUUGUCUCGCGCCUGUACUAUCGCACCGCCCUAUAAUCCAUACUGUGCUUGACCCUUGA